AUGUCUGGUUCAUUCCUUACUCCGAUAGUGCAUUUCCCAAAUGCCCAAGACUCCUUCCAGUGCCCCCAAGUUGGAGGCACAAAAAACGCCUUCUUGGGCGAUAUAUACGGAACGCAGGCUUCCUCUGCAGAUCCCCUGUCCUGCGGCUUCUUCCGAAUGACUGCAGGCGAAUCUCUGACUGGGAAAUAUCCAUACAACGAAACUCUUGUCGUACUUGACGGCGUGUUUGAGAUGGUGGAUGGUGCUGGGAAUAAGUCAGUGGCGAAGAAGGGAGACGUCUACUUUUUCCCGGCUGGUAGCAUGGUGACUUUUAGCACCUCGCAGGAAGGGCUAGCCUUCUACACGGUUCAGAGGGCACGGAAGUAG